CUCCUCACCACUUAUCUCGGCAUGGCACUGCGUCUCCCCGGUGCACGCAACUUUAAGCCGCUGCGCGGCAAACCGCGCCCGCGCCUCAGCCAGCCUGCGCCGAGCGGUCCGGGACAGCCUCCCGCACCCACGGGCGCCCAGUCCCAGCCGCUCCCACAGCCUUCCUCCCAAGGCUCCGCUCCGUCCUCGCAGGCGAAGCCGGCGUCAACGUCCACUGAGCCGCUAUUCACAAGCGCCGAGGAUGUCGACGCACGACCAUGGGCAAGCGACGACUUCCCACCCAUUUCUGCGAGCGACGACCUCCCUCCCUCCAUCGCGCCAGCAGAUCUCCCGCCCUCCGUCGCGCCGGUCGACGAGCUUCCUCCCCUUGUCAGCACAGCUCCGGACCCAGACUUCCCUCCCUCCGUAUCGGCCGUUCCGCAGGUCGAUGAUGUGCCACCCACCGUCGGUUCCUUUGACGCUGGCGCUGACCUCCCGCCACCGGACAUGCCACCAGCAGUCGCGGCCGUUCCAUCCACCCCAGCUUCCAGCGGGACCUCGCGCGCCCUGACCCCUAGUCGUGCCACUACGCCCAUGAGAAGAGCCGGAAAGCCAGCCUCAGCCCUACUUGCCGCUGCGGCAUCUAGCUCCUCUCCCAUCAUCAAGCACGGCAAGAGUCGCGGACGUGCACCCGUUCGUCCGGCUCCCAGAGCCUCGGUGGCGCCAUCACCUACGCCUGAACUUGCAGCCGGGGAAGGCGAGGACCGUCCUCCGUCCGUGAGAGGUGCCACACCGUCGAGUGCGCGUAGAGCGCCCGCGCCCAAACGCACGCCACUCGCGAGUAGGGCAGACGCAGAGCCCAUUACGCCAGCGGGCGUAGUUGCUUCUGAAUUACCUCCUGACAUGACAGCAGCUUCAAAUCUCCCCCUCGCGGUCGCAGCAGCCUCUCAUCUUCCACCUGUUGUCGCAGCGGCCGAGGCUCCUCCAACGGUCAGCGCUCUUGACGGCGACGGACCUCCUACGGUCGGCGCUGUUACAGAUGUUCCUCCAGCUGUUGGCGCCGUCGAAGAUGUUUCUCCUGUGGGCCCGAAUCUAGACGAGGCUCCUACAAUCGUCGCUUCCGUUCCUUCCCACACUGUCAGCUCUUCAAGCAUCGACGCCGUUGGCGCCAAGCUACUCGCUGCCGAAGCAGUCGCGUCAAUCACCAAUAACACCUCCGGGCCUAUUCCCAGCACCCGCCGCCGAAAGCGACGUUCUUCUCCGAGAUCCGAGGCAAACAGCUCACCGGCGGAAAUUGAUGCCGACAAUGAAGACGAAGACGCCGAGGACGCGCGACCUGUGGCGGCGCCCAGGAAGAAGCGCAGUCAAAGGAAGGCCGCAGCCGAGGACGCGGAGGAUAGUCAAGGGGGCAGUUCAUCUCACAAGAGGAAGUCAAAGGCCAAGGCGCCCGCCUCCCGACGUCCCAGGCCGCGUGCAGCCGAACCCCGUAUCCCGAACCCAGAGCUAGAAGGUCUUGAAGCCGACGACAUGGUCGGCGCGGAGGAUGUCGACAUGGGCGAGAUGAGCCUCAGUCAGAUCGCCUCCUUGUCGCGUGGCCGCGUCUCAGCGCGUGCAAUCAAGCUCCAUCAGUUCCAGCGUUCCGAGGCCGAGCGGAAGGAGAAGGAACGCUUGCAGAAGGCAGAGGAACGAUGGAAGAAGCGACGAGUGAUCCGUCGCAAGGCGCGCGAGCUUCGCAACGAGAAACGCGCCGCCCGACGUGCAGCUGCAGCUGCAGCAGGCCUGCCAGAAGUCGUGUCAGACGACUCGAUGGACUCUGCCAGCGGCGAUGACCAGGAUCCAGAGCGCCUUACUCCUCCAAGCUCGCCGAGUUACUUUGGGCGCACGCAGCGCAACGCCCCGGUUGUGUUUGAUGCAGAGCAGCGCUCGCGCAUCGAGAAGGAGGCACAGGAGAAGGCCGCUGGCAGCUCGCGCCCGGAUCGGCGCCAACGCGAGGACGAUGAAGACAUCGAGGGCCUGGGGCUUUUCCGCAACAACUAUAACGAUGAAGAUGACGACGAGCCGAUGGAAGACCUGGAGGACCUCGGUGAAGACUUCCAACUGGAGGUGGAGCCUGACCCGGAACCUGCCACAGGCGAUGCCGACGGCGAUGGCGAGUUUGCCGGCCUCACAGAAAGCCAGUUCACCGGCGGCCACUUUAAUGAUGAUGGAGAGUGGGUCGAGGCCGGAGCGGACGCGGGCGCCGUUCUACAGCGGCGAAACGAGGAGGAGCGCCGGCGCAUCAUGGAGGGCGCGGAUGAUCGGGUUGUUGAGGUUGUCGACAAUGAGACGCAAUUCAUCAACUCUGCGACAUGGGGCAAGAAGGUCGCCAAUGACCGCUGGACAUCUGAAGAGACUGAGCUGUUUUUCAACGUUCUGAGAGAGACUGGCGAGAACUUCACGUUCAUGAAGGCGUACUUCCCAGGGCGCAGCGUGCGGCAGCUGCGGCGCAAGGCAAAUCGCGAGAACAAGGCGAAUCCCGAGCGCAUGAACGACGCGAUCACAAACCGCAAGCCAAUUGAUUUCAAGUACCUGGCCAAGUCGUCUGGAUUCAACAGCGUCGAGCCGUAUGACAACGAACACAAAUAUCUGGCCGAUUUGAAGGAGGAGCAGAAGCGACAGGCCGAGGAGGACCGACAGGCUGCGCUGGCGGUGGAGCAAGCUCCCGACGCGGCCGAGUUCCCGGAUGAAGGGAUGGUGGUGGUGGAGGGCGAGGUGGACUUGGAGGGCGAUGAAGACUUGGAGGGGUACGAAGGAUAUGAUGAGAACGCUGAGUUUGUGUAGAGUAGACAACAGCAGUGCAGCGCGCAGCAGUGGCGCAGUAGAGAUAGUAAAUAUUUGUGUUGUACAAUAUACUAGUAGCUUGGAA